AUGCAAGCUAGAUUAUCAUCAUUACCUGUAUGGUGUCCUCCAUAUUCGAAAACCAAGAAGGAUCCCAUAACGGGGGAAGAUGUUUAUUGUAUAUGUAAGAAGCAAGAUACGGGAGAAUUAAUGGUUGGUUGCGAUGGAUGUGAUGAUUGGUUCCAUUUUUCUUGUAUGAGAAUUCCGAUAAAGUAUCAAAAAUUGGUUGCUUCAUUUUAUUGUCCUUAUUGUCAAGCUGGUAUUACUGGUAUGGAUAAAUCUGAAGCAGAGGAGAAAACAGUAGAAGAUGAAACGGGAGAUGCGAUUAAAGUGAGGAAAACUUUAUGGAAAAAGAAAUGUCGAUUAGAAGACUGUUACGAACCUUGUACAGAAAGGAGUAAGUAUUGUUCGAGGCAACAUGGAAAGGAAUUUUUGCAAGAAGUACUUAGUAAAUUAGAUAUUUCUGGUUUAAAUGUUGGGGAAAGUGUUGAUAAAGAAGCAUUCGUGAAAACGCUAAUACAACAAAAUGAUAGAGAUGAUUUCCAGAGUUUUAUUCGAGCAGGGCAAUCGGAAUUUAUAGAUAAAGAUGUACCGAAAAGCUUAGACAACCAAUUAUAUGAAAGUCUUAUAGCAAAUGAUCGGAAGGUAAACGAAUUGAUAAACCAGCAGUCAAUAAUUGAGACGGGGACCCUGCCUAAAGCGAAAGAACGUGUGGAACUUUUAGAGAAAUAUAUCGAUUGGAUUAGUCAGGUGAAUAUUAAAUUUAAUGAAGAUCAGAAUAGUUCUGGUACAACUGAUGAAAACUCGUCAAGUAAGAUAGAUAAAGGAGGUAAAAAAUCUAAGAAAAAGAAAGGCCUCAAAACUAAACCGAAAAAACGCAUAUGUGGCUACAUUUCUAACUUUACAGAAUUACCAUCAUCUGUUGAUAAAUUUGUUGAAGAGUAUGAACUCCACAAGGAUGAUGGUCUCACAACCCUUCAAUCCGUCUGCAUUAAAACUAGAUGCAUUAAACAUUCUGAGUGGUCUUCCAUGUUGUUAGACCGUUAUUUACAGGAAGUAGAAUUGGCAGAAAGACACCAGGAGAGAAUACAGUUAUUACUACAGACUCGGAAACGACAAUUGCAUAUUCAAUAUUAUGAAAAAGUAACGAAAAAGCAGAGUUAA